CACUAUGCGCUAACAUUCAAUGAUGCACGUACUUACAUACAAUUAAAUAGCUCUGGAUUUGUGACAUUUUAUAAACAAGGGGAAUGCGAUACUGUAUUAUGGUCCGCUCCAGAUACAUUAUGCGACUAUGACUCAUAUUGUGGACCUUACGGUCUCUGCACAAGGUCGGGCUCUUGUAUAUGCCCUGUUGGUUUUGAUCCACCAUAUACCCAAGAAUGGAAUAUUGCAGGUUGUUCAAGAAAGGAACCUCUGAAUUGUGAAAAAAGCAUUGUUGCACGUCCAGAAGUGACAUUUUAUCCAAUACAUGGCAUUCAUAGAUAUCCUCAGCAUGCUUUCAUGCUGAACGUUUCAGACAUGAGUGAGUGUGAAUCCUCUUGCUUAAGGGACUGUACUUGUUCUGCCUUUGCUUACAAUACAAGUUGCUUGCUGUGGUUUUCGGACCUGCGGAAUACAUUAGUGCUUGACUCUGGUCCAAAUGGCAACCAUAUGUACAUACGUAUAGCAACCAAACAACAAUCAGGUCCUAGGACUGUUCCUCUAGUUUCUUUCUGGAAAAGACUAGUUUUUGGAUCGAUGCUAGCCCUUGUUGUUAUUGGUCUGAUUCUCUUGUGGAGAUGCAGAAGAAAGCUUUUCAGGGCUAGAACGGUGGUUGACAAUGGAAGCCUUGUGGUAUUCUCGUUUGUACAGAUCAAGAACUGUACCAAAAAUUUCUCUGAAAAACUUGGAGAAGGAGGCUUUGGCUGCGUUUUUAAAGGGAUGCUGCCAGGUUGCACUGCUGUGGCUGUGAAGAAGCUAAAAGGCCUUAGACAGGAAGACAAGCAAUUUCGAGCAGAGGUGCAGACCAUAGGUAUGAUUCAGCACAUCAAUAUUGUCCGUCUGCUUGGGUUUUGCGCUGAAGACAGUAGAAGGUUCCUGGUGUAUGAAUAUAUGGCAAAUGGUUCUUUGAGUAACCACCUGUUUUCCAAGAGAUCCUCUAAGUUAAGCUGGGAGCUGCGGUACUCGAUUGCUCUUGGAAUUGCAGGAGGCCUGGCUUAUCUGCACGAGGGAUGCAGGGACUGUAUUGUACACUGUGACAUGAAGCCAGAUAAUAUACUUCUUGACGCAGAACUCUGUCCCAAAAUUGCAGAUUUUGGCAUGGCAAAGCUUCUUUGUCGAGAUUUCAGCAGGGCACUGACAACAAUGCGAGGGACCAUCGGAUACCUUGCACCGGAGUGGAUCUCAGGGCUACCAAUCACACAUAAGGCUGAUGUUUACAGCUACGGAAUGGUGCUUCUAGAAAUCAUUGCAGGGCGAAGAAAUUCGGAGAAGAUUAAGGAAGGAAAGUUUACUUACUUUCCAAUAUAUGCUGCAGUUAAGGUGAAUGAAGGUGAUGUUAUGUGCCUGUUGGACAGUAGUCUGGAGGGCAACGCUGAAGUGGGGCAGCUGAACAGAACCUGUAGAGUCGCCUGUUGGUGCAUUCAGGAUGCUGAAGACCACAGGCCAAUGAUGGGGCAAGUUGUUCGCAUGCUAGAGGGUGUCAUGGAUGUCGAGGUCCCUCCGGUUCCCAGGUCACUGCAAAACUAUGUGGGAAUUGAGGAUUCCAUCUCUGAAGAUUUGAACAUUUCGAUUAGUCCAAUGUGAACAUUUUCUUCUUUGUAUUUCUGAACUCCGUGGAACACAUUU